AUGUUCAUUGCAUCAUGGAUCUGGGGAACAGUAAUACUCUGUUGUGGGUUUUGGUUUCUUCUAGUGAGGAGAAGGAGGAGACAAGGUGAGCCACCACUUGAAAAUGGGUUCCUUCCGUACCUGGGCUGUGCCUUGCAGUUUGGUGCCAACCCUCUUGAAUUCCUCAGAGAGAAGCAGAAGAAGCAUGGCCACAUUUUCACUUGCCAAGUAGCAGGGAAAUACAUUCACUUCCUCACUGACCCUUUUUCAUACCAUGCAUUGAUCCGACAUGGAAAACACUUGGACUGGAAAAAGUUCCAUUUUGCUACUUCUGCCAAGGCUUUUGGGCAUCGUAGCAUUGACCCAGCAGAAGGAAACACCACUGAAAAUUUUCAUCAGACGUUCAUUAGAACCCUUCAAGGUAAUGCCCUAGAUGCCCUCAUUGAAGCAAUGAUGGAAAACCUACAGUACGUCAUGCUGCAGUCAAGAACAUCUAAACCUCAGUCUAAUACCUGGAUAACAGAAGGACUUUAUACAUUCUGUUGCCAGGUGAUGUUCGAAGCUGGUUUUUUAACACUUUUUGGUAAAGAAUUUAACUCAAAUAAUGACAAAAAUCUAUCAUCAAAGCAGGAAACUGAGAGAGCCCAUAUCCUAAAUGCCCUUGAAAACUUCAAGGAAUUUGAUAGGAUCUUUCCAGCCCUUGUGGCCGGGCUGCCCAUCCACCUCUUCAAGAGUGCACACAGUGCACGUGAGAAGCUGGGAGAGGCACUCCUCCACAAGAACCUCCUGAAGAGGGACAACCUCUCUGAGCUUGUCACCCUCCGCAUGUUCCUGAAUGACACUCUAUCAACCUUUGAUGACAUGGAAAAAGCAAAGACCCAUGUGGCAGUGCUCUGGGCCUCACAAGCCAAUACCAUUCCUGCCACGUUUUGGAGCUUGUUCUAUCUUCUUAAGAGUCCAGAGGCAAUGAGAGCUGCCACCAUGGAAGUGCAAAGAAGUUUGGAAAGUGUUGGAGAGAGGAUCAGCUUAGAUGGAAAACACAUUUCCUUGAACCGAAAACAGCUGGAUAAUAUGCCGGUACUAGACAGCAUCAUCAAGGAGGCCAUGAGGCUAUCAAGUGCAUCCAUGACUUUCCGAGUUGCCAAGGAGGAUUUCACUUUGCACUUAGAGAACGAGUACUAUAACAUUCGCAGCGAUGACAUUGUAGCUCUUUAUCCUCAACUGUUGCAUUUUGAUCCAGAAAUUUAUGCUGAUCCCUUGACAUUCAAAUAUGAUCGCUUUCUCAAUGAGAAUGGAGAAGAAAAGACUGAUUUCUACCGCAACGGCCGCAAGUUGAAGUAUUACUAUAUGCCGUUUGGGACGGGCAUAGCAAAAUGCCCCGGCAGGUUAUUUGCUGUCCACGAAAUUAAACAAUUUUUGGUUUUGAUUUUUUCAUAUUUUGAGAUAGAGCUUGCGGACAAGAGUGUUAAAUGUCCUUCUUUAGAUCAAUCCCGUGCAGGACUAGGUAUUUUGCAACCGACAAAUGAUAUUUAUUUCAGGUAUAGACUGAAAUGCCUAUGA